CUGACUUGAAGUGCGCCGCGCCGCGCCGCGGUUUGUCAUCCGACUUUGCGUCGUGCUUUUGUUUGGUUCGAUGCGAUACAAUGACAAGUAGCGAGACCGUAUACCGUCGAUAGUGGAACGUUCGUUCUCGAAUUUGAAUCGUGUGUUGAGUGGUGCGUGGCCUAACCUAGUUAAUGUCGUCAAUGAUGAGAUCGGCGAACGACGGUCUACGACGUUGGUGACAGUGACAGUGAACGGUUUUUUUUGGUGUUAACGAAAGUGCUUCCCCGAUCGCGUGGUCGUAUGCAGUGAAGUUUGCAUGAAUCGCGGUUAGUGCGCGCUCAGUGAUAGAGCCACUUAGAGAUUGAAUGUGAGACCCGUCUUUGCACAAUCGGUUCUUAAAAAGUGGAAACGAACAUCGCGCCACAUCGGCCGUUCGCAGCGCGCCGCCGUCGGGACAAAUAACGUUCGAUUUCGUUUCUUCUCUUCGUCGUAAACGAUAUUCGCAACCGACAAGAGACGCAUAUCUCGUCCAGCAGAGUGAACUGAAGACUACGAGAGAAAACAGAGGACGGCGGUCGUCGCUUGCGUGCUCGCAAUAAUGCCACACGUGAGCAGCAGCGGCGGCGGCGACGAUCUCGGCAGCGAAGACGAGGUCAAGGUCUUCAAAGAUGAGGGCGAGGAGGAGAAGAGAUCCUCAGAGAACCUCACCGAGGACAAGAGUGAUCUCAUCGAUCUCACGGAAUCUGAGGAAAAGGGCUCGCUCGCCGGUGGGAGCUAUGCGACGACGGGAAAGACGUCGGCUAGGUCUGACCUCAGUCCUGUUUUCGGAAAGGUGGAUCCAACGCCACACACCUCCUCUUUCAACAUGGGCUACCUUGUCUCGCCAUAUCCAUACCCUAAUGGAGCCGGAGGACCCAUCCCCGUUUCUAUGGCGAGUAAGAUGGGUCUGGCGGGAACACAUCCGAGUGGAUUGCCAUUCUUUUGCCCGAACGGAGAUCAUCUGACGCAACCACCGCCCGCCCAUAUGGGCAUACCUCCUUACGGGGCGCUGGAUGCGGGCAAAGCGGCGGCCGCAGCCGGUCUCACGAGAGCACCAAUGUACCCUUUUUCAACAGGCCAGUAUCCAUAUCCCAUGCUUAGUCCGGAAAUGACGCAAGUCGCCGCUUCCUGGCACACACCGAGCAUGUAUCCCAUCUCGCCGGCGAACGCUAGCUUUCGAAGUCCAUAUCCCGCGAGUUUACCCAUCUCGAGUUCCAGUUUAUCAAGCGAUCUUUACCGAUUUUCGCCGACCGGCCUUAUGCCCCCGCAUCCCGGCCUGAGUCCGCACGCACACGCAUUGGCGUCGCACGCGUUGGUGUCGUCGGCACCGAAGACAGAUCACUCCACGCUGGAUCACAAUCACAGGUCUACGAUAGAACAGAAGAACUCUACGUCGUUACCUACGGACAAUGCAAAAGCCCAAGACACGGGUCAACAAAACAAUCAAGAUAAAAAGAAACCCCAUAUAAAAAAACCUUUGAACGCCUUUAUGCUGUAUAUGAAGGAGAUGAGGGCAAAGGUCGUGGCAGAGUGUACUUUAAAAGAAAGCGCAGCAAUCAACCAAAUAUUGGGGAGAAGAUGGCACUCGCUAAGCCGGGAGGAGCAGGCGCGGUAUUAUGAGGCAGCCAGGCAGGAACGCACUCUGCAUCAGCAACGAUACCCUGGCUGGAGUGCUAGGGAUAACUACGGCUAUGGCAGCAAGAAGAAGAAGAGGAAGAAAGAACGCUCCGCAGAUCCCACCGGAGGUAAUAACAUGAAAAAAUGCCGCGCCAGGUAUGGAUUAGAGCAGCAAAACCAGUGGUGCAAACCCUGCAGACGUAAGAAGAAAUGUAUCAGAUACAUGGGGGAGGGAGGAGACGGCGACGGCGAAGCCGACGGUGAACCCGAGGAUGACCACUCGGAUCCACUAGGCAGCGUGGGUGAGGCAGGUACUCCCGAGGAAGACGAAUCCCUGAGUAGUCCCGGUGGUCUGUCCGCGUUGUCUAGUCUGGCAAGCCCUUCGUUGGUCCUACCAUCGCCUUCGAGCCUGGCUAGUCCGUGUCCGUGUCCAUUGACGCCUCCGGUGCCACCUCCGCCUUUGCCAAACGUUAGCCAGCUGCCGCACAAUCAGCAGCCGGUCACGACGACGAUAACGACGGCGGCGGCGGCGGCAACGACGACGCAACAGCAACCAACCCCACCGCCUCACCGCAACCCCGUCGGCACGAAUCCUCAUGACAUCAACAAUCCGCUCAGCGUGAACCAAUUGACUGGACAGUGUAUAAAGAGCGAGCCUGCACCAGGCCCUUCCAAUCCGGCGAUCAGUGUUACGUAGCCCCGGCCGGACUCACGUGACUGGACAAUUAUUGCUCGUGGUGUCGUCUACGUGGGGUCCAUUUACGUAUGCACGCGACAAGGAGGCUGGAUGAGAAAUCACUUGUUACAAGGACGAAAACAAACAGAUCGAGAUUACUAUCUGGAAAAAUAUCGCUUUUGUCGAACUUUGUGUCUCAUGGUUUCAGUUCGAUUCGAGAGAUACCAGGUAGGGGAUUCGAAAAGAAGGUAUUGUACUUUCAAACCAUCUGAGAAUAGUGCGAUGGUCUUCUUGACGGUUUGACUCGGGUUAUUUGUCACGAUGAAGGUUCAAUGGUGGAGAAUUUAAACGGUAUUAUUAACAAAAGUCAGGUUCGAAGAAGAAUCAUCGAUCGCCGCAUUGCCGUCAUUUGUGAAUACGACGUCGCCUUCGAUCGUUCUCUCCUGACACUGCGUCUAGCCUCGCUUUGUCCGAAGCAGAGAGUGUUUAAAGAUCGGAAGUAACAAUCGAAGUAGACGUUAGUACACACGUGGUAACGAACAGACAGAAACAAAAACAGUACGAUACGGAAAAUAUACUCAGGACCAAGUGUCUGGCUGUAGUCACUCGCUCAGCAGGAGGAAAAAUGUAAGCGAGAUACAAGCAAAAACUUGCGUAUGCUUACAUAAGUGCAUAUGAAAUAGGAAUAGGUAGAGGAAGUGUGCAUAUCCGAUAAUGAUGUGACAGCAAGCUCGUUGUGGGUGCGCGUGACGCAGCUUGUAGUCCUUGUUACGUUGUGAUGCCAAUGACUGAGAAGGUCAUGUUCCUGUGCCAGAUACUAUAUUCUAGAAAAGUAAUUUUAUCGCGGACGCAAGUAAACUAGGGAGCGUAAUGUUGAAGGAGAGCCACAAAACAAAAACAAACAAAAAAAAAAAAACAGAACAAAACGGAAGCCGGGUGCGCGCGCGAUGCGUCUUUUUGUCACGAGUUUAUUCGAUUUUAUCUCGUGUAGGUAUCAAAGUAUCACCUAUCUCUUCUGUACGUAAUUUGUUAUUUUUUUAAAAGUCUAUACACAGUGCGAUUAAUUAGCGUGUAAGAACUUUUAUUCUAUUGAGUCCUUGUUCACUCUAUACUCACGUAGUUUUUUCUUUUCUUCUUUUUUUUUAUAUAUAUAUAUAUAUAUACAUUUCUGGUAGGAUCAUUAUAUGCGUAUUGAAUUUCUGAACUCUAUGAUAAAAUAUAUGAUCGACUUGUAGAUCGUUCGAAAAUCGUCAUUCCUCGAUUCUCGUGAAUCGAAGGACAAUUGUGGCCGUCAAAUCACAAAUUCGCUCUUUCGACAGAACGAAGACAAUAAGUGCGAUAAGGUAAAAUAACCACAGUCAAGAUAAUUAUUUCAGUAAUAAAUCGCUUCUCGCAAAUCAGUAGUAGAUUUCUUGUAUUUAUUUGACUUUAUUUGUUUUGUUGUCGGAAAACGAACAAUUCUUAACAAGACAAAUUAAAUCAAGAAAUUUAAAAAAUUCUAAACUAAGAAAUAAUUACGGUCAUCCGAGCCGAUCGCAG